AUGCGAAGGUGGGCGAGGGCGCCAUGGGCAAAACGCUAUGGGCGCCACUGGCCACUGACCAUUAGGGCGAGGGAGGCGUUGGCGAAGGUGGUUGAGGACACCAUAGGCAAAGCGCCAUGGGCGCCGUUGAGGGGAAGACGCCAUGGGCACUGCUGGCCACUAACCAUGGAGGCGAGGGAGGCGUUGGCUAAGGUGGAGCCCAAGCUUGGGAUGAUGGGCACGCCACAUCAAGCACAGACAACACGCUAA